AUUUAUCUCGAAUCCACCCACACUCAAUCUGAAUUGAGAAGCAGUCACUCUGCAAAGUGAGUGGAAAGGAUCUCUGUCCCUGUUUGGACACUUCUGCUCUCCUGCCUGGCCCCAAGACCUUCAUGACCGCCAUUCCGCAAUUUGUUGUUAUACACGACCAGGCCCGUAAUACAUAUAAACAUCCCGUUGUGCAUUACGUGUUUGAAGGCGAGAGUAUACCUGAGGACAUACCGAAAUCGUCUUGUAUUAUCGUGGAUUUAAAUGAAGCGGCUACGGAGGUUGAAAAGGCUGAUAGCUUAGAUCCGUCGUUUCAAAUCACAAACUGUAGGUUGGAUACAAGCAACAUUACAGAAGCUGGAGGCUUUUCUGGGUCAAGCGAUGAUGCAGAGUUGGUAAAUCUGACGAUAGAAGGCAUAUCAGCUCAUGUGGAGCCUCGACUAACGAGUAAAACCCCACUGAUGGAUAUGGAAUCGGUACGAGAGGCAAUUUUCAACUUUAGAGAAAGGAAUGAUAUGAUGCGCAAGGUUAUACUUUCUCAAAACCGGCAUAAGACGUGAGAGCAGCUCGGUUCGCCCUUUGAGAAUCUUAUUUGUAGGAUAUAAACAAUAAUCACAGCACAUACCUUACAUUAUCAUAUACCAUCGCUUCGCUACAUUAUCACCACACACCCGGCUCCUGUACAUUUCUAUAACCAUAAGAACAAAUUAAUGGAGAUGAUGAAUCAAUGCUUCAGUAAUAAUCUUGAAUGAAUUG